GCAGCGCGAUAUUAUGGCAACUAUAUUAAGCCCACUUUUCUAAAUCACUUGGCACAGUUGUGUUAGAGGUCAUAUCACGCACUGCGGGUAAUCAGCUUGUAAACUCUAACUAGUUUUCUCUCCUUGCAUUUACCCUCAUGUUCUUCAGCUUACUAACUGUGGAUGAAUCUCUUACAAUACUCUAUUCCAUAAUACAUAAGUUGACGAUACAGUGAAAACAAAUAAACUUGCAAGAAGAAUAUCAAUAUUUGAAUCUGAAAUCAGUAACUUUUGGUAUGUAAAAGAAAACCAACAACAACUAAUAUCCAAGAUGGCUGACAUUAUUCCUCGUGGUACAGAAAGUACACUUUAUUUCAUUCCACCAACUGAUGCAGUCCUUAUAACUCUGAUUCCUGCAGUAAAUAACGAGAGCGACAAUGAAAGUGAUAUGAACUUUGGUCCAAAGAGAGACCCAUUAUCCACAGUAAUUCCUAUGACCCUGAUUUAUGCGGUUAUUCUACUUAGUGGAAUGGUAGGCAACAUUUGCACGUGUGUGGUCAUUGCAAGAAACAACUAUAUGCACACAGCCACCAACUACUACCUCUUCAGUCUGGCAGUGUCUGACCUUCUUCUGCUACUGUUGGGUCUUCCACAAGAAAUGUACCAGUUGUGGCAACGCUAUCCAUACGUUUUUGGAGAGUAUUUCUGUGUCCUUAGGGGCUUGACUUCAGAGACCUCUACCAAUGCUUCUAUCUUGACCAUCACGGCCUUCACUGUGGAGCGGUAUUUGGCCAUCUGUCAUCCACUCCGAGCCCACACAAUGUCAAAGUUGUCUAGGGCAAUCAUGGUCAUCGUGGGUAUUUGGCUACUCAGUGCGUUAUGUGCUGUUCCUCUGGGCAUACAAUUUGGCAUUGUCCAGGUCUUUUGUACUUUGAAAAACCCUCUGAACCACGCUUUCGAGAUAUCCACUUUUCUUUUCUUCAUCUUUCCGAUGACGCUGAUAACUGUGUUGUACAUACUUAUUGGGAUGAAACUAAGAAGGUCCACAGGACUGGACCACAGCGAGGACAACUCCAACAACACAAAUGGAGUGAAGUCAGAGUUGAAGCAAUCUGUGAAACGUUCUACCUAUUCUUCCCGCAGAGCUGUCGUGAAAAUGUUAGCUGCUGUGGUUGCUGGAUUUUUCAUCUGCUGGGCACCCUUCCACGCCCAACGUUUAAUGGCCAUCUACGUCACGGAACCGACCCCGACUGACCAUAAGGUUUAUGACGCACUAAACUACAUUUCAGGAGUGUCCUACUAUUUUAGCGCAACCAUCAACCCAAUUCUCUACAGCAUCUUAUCUCUGAAGUUCAGACAAGCCUUCAAAGACACGUUUGCCAGGUGUUGUGGGUGUCUUCAAAGAAGGAACAGUAAGUUCAAUUACCUAUCUCGACUAAAUAGCACCUACCGUUCUACGGCCUUUGAAACCACUGACGUCACUGUUGUAUCGGAGUCCCCACACCACACCACUAACAUCAAACUACGGCUACGUCAGGUUAAUGGUUCUUCGGCAGUUUCUCCUUCUGGACAAAUCCAGGAAACAUCUUUGAAUACUCCAGCAGCCUCCUUGCAAGAAAGUCCUGGUUCAACUGAUAAUCUGAAAGUCAGCAACUCCAUUAGCAACAGUAGCUUACAAAUGUUGGAAGAUGACGCUUUUGACGAAUCGGAACUUUCCCAUUACAUGGCACAAAUGAGAUGUCAGAAAACCUGAUAAGACAAUUAGAACGGGAUAAAUAAAAAGAGGAAGCUGUAUGGCGUGGUUUUCUCUUCCUAUUGGUCGAUUUUUCCUAACAUUUUCGUUCAAGCGAUAUAUUUGCA